GUUCGUUUUUAAAACGUGUUAAUAGCGUUGUUGUGUGUCUGUGUUUUUGGAUUGUGCUGGAAGACGGUUGUAUUCUGUCCCAGAUAAAUAUAUUAGUUGUUGAAGUAACAAUGUCUUCAUCUGAGAGUUUGAGAGAGUUGAUCAUCGAGCGAUUAACUGCUGCUGCUGAAGAAAUAUUCGGACUCUUUGAAAGAACUGUCGUCCAGUACGAGGAAGAGAUCGAUCGCCAGCGCAGACUGCUGGAUAUCACCUGGAAACCUGAGAUAAAGUUGCACAGAAUAGACCUCACACAUCAACAUGUCUGCACAGAGGAGGUUCUCACUGAGCAGCAGCUCUGUAACCAGGAGAGGAAGUCCAGUCUGGACCAGGAGGAACCAGGACCUCCACAGAUAAAAGAGGAACAGGAAGAACUAGAACCUCUACAGAUUAAAGAGGUACAGGAGGAACCAGAACCUCCACAGAUUAAAGAGAUACAAGAUGAACCAGUGCAUCAACAGAUUAAAGAGGAACAGGAGGAAGUAGAACCUCUACAGAUAAAAAAGGAACAGGAGGAACCAGAACUUCCACAGAUGACAGAGGAACGGGAGGAACCAGAACGUCCACAGAUGAAAGAGGAACAAGAGGAACCAGAACUUCCACAGAUGAAAGAGGAACAGGAGGAACCUAUACAGAUUAAAGAGGAACAGGCGGAACUCUGCAGCAUUCAGUGGCAAGAACAUCUUGUACUGAACCAGAAGACUGAUUCCUUGAUAGAGACUCCUACAAAUGAGGAAAGUGAGCACAGUGACCAGUUCCUCUCUUCCAACUCUCAGUCCAAACAGCUGAAUCCAAAGAAGAGAAGUCACAGAGACACAAGUCACAGUAACAGUGUACACAACUCUCUCAUUUCAGAGAGACGGUGUGAUACUGACACAGGUAUAAAGUCUGUAACAUGUGACGUCUGUGGAAAAGCCUUUAAGUACAUGUCUUUAAUGAAAAUGCAUUGCAAAGUAUGUGGAAAAGGUUUUAUCAAAAAUGGUGCUUUGACUCAACACUUGAGGACUCACACAGGUCAUAAGCCACACGGUUGUGACACAUGUGGUAAAACCUUCAAAGACAGAAGUGCUUUAACAUACCACCUGAGGACUCACACAGGCGAGAAGCCAUAUGGUUGUAACACAUGUGGUAAAAACUUCAAUCUAAGAAAUGCUUUGAAUCAACACAUGAGGACUCACACAGGUGAGAAGCCAUUUCCUUGCGAAGUAUGUGGGAAACGUUUCAUUAAAAAUGGUGCUUUGACUAGGCACAUGAGGAUUCACACGGGUGAGAAGCCGUACGGUUGUGACACAUGUGGUAAAGCCUUCAUUGACAGAAGUGCUUUAACAACGCACAGGAGGACUCACACAGGUGAGAAGCCGUACGGUUGUGACACAUGUGGUAAAACCUUCACUGACAGAAGUGCUUUAACAACACACAGGAGGAUUCACACAGGUGAGAAGCCGUACAGUUGUGACACAUGUGGUAAAACCUUCAUUCAAAGAAUCACUUUAACAAAGCACAUGAGGACUCACACUGGUGAGAAGCCGUAUGGUUGUGAAACAUGUGGUAAAACCUUUGCUCAAAGUUUUAAUUUAAGGAUGCACAAGAAGAUUCACAUGCGUGCUCGUGAGAAGCCAUCCAGUUGUGACACACGUGGUGGAACCUUCACGGAAAGUAGUCAUUUAACAAAGCACAUGAGGACUCACACUGGUUUAUGGGUAAAUAAUGAAUGAAAAACGGAUGUUUGCUGCCUUCUCGUGGACAUAGUAUUGAACUGCUGUACUGCAUUUUAAAUGGCUUGAAACGAGUGGUGCUUGUGUGGUGAUAAAAACGUAAUAGCUGUCCAAAUCAACAUGAGUACAUUGUUAUUAUUGUAAUUAUUAAACAUGAACACUAUUGUA